GGGGGCGGGACUACGUUACGGUGAAGGGUAGCGUGAGUGUAUGAGAAGCAGGAACGAAGCGGGUAGUAGGUGAGCUGUCCCUAAUCUCGCCAAGAUGACCAAACUGGGCUUCCUGCGUCUGUCCUACGAGAAGCAGGACACGCUGCUGAAGCUCCUCAUCCUGUCCAUGGCUGCCGUCCUCUCAUUUUCCACCAGGCUCUUUUCUGUGUUGAGGUUUGAAAGCGUCAUCCAUGAGUUUGACCCGUACUUUAACUACCGUACGACCCGCUUCCUGGCAGAAGAAGGAUUUUAUAAGUUUCACAACUGGUUUGAUGACCGGGCAUGGUAUCCUCUGGGGAGGAUCAUAGGUGGCACCAUUUACCCAGGAUUGAUGGUCACGUCCGCUGUCCUGUAUCAUGUUCUACACUUUUUUCACAUCACUAUUGACAUCCGCAACGUCUGUGUGUUCCUCGCUCCCUUGUUCUCCUCCUUCACGGCCAUCGUCACCUACCACUUCACCAAGGAGCUGAAGGAUGCAGGCGCUGGGCUCCUGGCAGCUGCAAUGAUCGCUGUGGUUCCUGGUUAUAUCUCCCGCUCUGUUGCUGGCUCCUAUGAUAACGAAGGUAUUGCCAUCUUCUGCAUGCUGUUGACCUAUUACAUGUGGAUUAAAGCUGUUAAAACCGGCUCGGUGUACUGGUCCUCCAUAUGCGCCCUGGCAUACUUCUACAUGGUUUCCUCCUGGGGUGGCUACGUGUUCCUGAUCAACCUUAUACCCCUCCAUGUGCUGGUGCUGAUGCUCACAGGCCGUUUCUCCCACCGUAUAUAUGUGGCUUACUGCACAGUGUACUGCCUGGGCACCAUCCUGUCCAUGCAGAUCUCUUUUGUUGGUUUCCAGCCAGUGCAGUCAUCGGAGCACAUGGCAGCCUUUGGAGUGUUUGGCUUGUGUCAGAUCCACGCCUUUGUGGACUACCUGCGCAGCAAACUCAACACCCAGCAGUUCGAGAUCCUGUUCAAGAGCGUCAUCUCUCUGGUGGGCUUCAUCCUGCUGUCUGUGGGCGCUGUUCUCAUGUUGACGGGUAAAAUCUCUCCAUGGACUGGUCGCUUCUACUCCCUGCUGGACCCCUCCUAUGCCAAAAACAACAUCCCCAUCAUCGCCUCCGUCUCUGAGCACCAGCCCACUACCUGGUCCUCCUACUAUUUUGACCUGCAGCUGCUGGUUUUCAUGUUUCCAGUUGGUCUUUACUACUGUUUCAACAACUUGUCUGACGCCAGGAUCUUCAUCAUCAUGUACGGAGUUACCAGCAUGUACUUCUCAGCCGUCAUGGUGCGUCUGAUGCUGGUACUGGCUCCAGUCAUGUGCAUCCUGUCAGGCAUCGGCGUGUCUCAGGUGCUAACGACGUACAUGAAGAAUCUGGAUGUCAGCCGGCCGGACAAGAAGAGCAAGAAGCAGCAGGACUCCACCUACCCCAUCAAAAACGAGGUCGCCAGUGGGAUGAUCUUGGUUAUGGCCUUCUUCCUCAUCACGUACACCUUCCACUCUACCUGGGUGACCAGUGAAGCCUACUCCUCUCCCUCCAUCGUCCUGUCGGCUCGUGGCGGUGACGGCAGCCGCAUCAUCUUUGAUGACUUCAGAGAGGCGUACUACUGGCUCCGCCACAACACUCCGGAGGAUGCUAAAGUCAUGUCGUGGUGGGAUUAUGGCUAUCAAAUAACUGCAAUGGCUAAUCGGACGAUUUUAGUGGACAACAACACAUGGAACAACACUCACAUCUCCAGGGUUGGACAGGCCAUGGCGUCUACAGAAGAGAAGGCCUACGACAUCAUGAGGGAACUAGAUGUCAGUUAUGUUUUGGUUAUAUUCGGAGGGCUGACGGGCUAUUCCUCAGACGACAUCAAUAAGUUCCUGUGGAUGGUCCGCAUUGGAGGAAGCACCGACACGGGCAAACACAUCAAGGAGCACGACUACUACACUCCCACCGGAGAGUUUAGGGUGGAUCGUGAGGGCUCCCCCGUCCUGCUCAACUGCCUCAUGUACAAGAUGUGCUACUACCGCUUUGGCCAGGUCUACACAGAGGGCAAGAGGCCGCCUGGUUACGACCGAGUGAGGAACGCUGAAAUUGGGAACAAAGACUUUGAACUGGAUGUGCUGGAGGAGGCGUACACGACGGAGCACUGGCUGGUCAGGAUAUACAAGGUCAAAGAUCUGGACAAUCGAGGUCUUUCGAGGACAUAAACCUUGAGACGGCGUGCAGCACUGAACACCUUCCCCUCUGCUCUGCACAAGAGGAAACAGUGAUUUUUUAUACUUCGGGGAAGAAACUGCGUUCAAGAGAUUUGUUUUUUUUCUAAUCUUUUUGGGUUUUCAUGAAACGUUUCCUGUGGGAUAAAGAGGAGCUGCGUCAGAACCUUCUGAUGUCAGGACCGUUUACCAGUGGGUGUACAAAAAGAGAGCAGUGUUCACUUUUUACAUAAUGUGGUCAAUAAAG